CGGGCGUAGGGAGCAGAGACGGACCGAGUGACAGCGUUUGAGUUCCGGGGAAGAGCAUCACGGAGCCUCCGUGAAAAACACCUUACACAUAGUCAAGAUGCCGAACAAAACCAAGAAGGAAAAGGAAACAAGCAAAUCUGCCAAAAGCAGCACAAAGAGCAGCAACACAAGCGGCGGCAAAGAUGCUGCCACAGAAAACUCAGACGAGUCCCAGCAGCAGCAGAGCGGCAGUAAGCGUCCCAGUAACAGCACGCCUCCACCCACUCAGCUCAACAAGAUCAAAUACUCCGGAGGUCCUCAGCUGGUGAAGAAGGAGCGCCGCCAGAGCUCAUCCCGCUUCAGUCUGACCAAGAACAGGGAGCUGCAGAAGCUACCUGCACUCAAAGAUGCCCCGCCGAUUGAGCGCGAGGAGCUGUUCGUUCAGAAGCUACGUCAGUGCUGCGUCCUUUUUGACUUUGUCAGCGAUCCGCUCAGCGACCUCAAAUAUAAAGAGGUGAAGAGAGCGGGACUCAAUGAGAUGGUCGAGUACAUCACGCACAACAGCGACGUGGUGACGGAGUCCAUCUACCCCGAGGCCGUCAUCAUGUUCUCAGUCAACUUGUUCCGGACUCUUCCUCCGUCGUCCAACCCGACCGGAGCAGAGUUUGACCCUGAGGAGGACGAACCAACGCUGGAGGCUGCCUGGCCUCACCUGCAGCUUGUGUACGAGUUCUUCCUCCGCUUCCUGGAGUCUCCAGACUUCCAGCCAAACAUCGCCAAAAAGUACAUCGACCAAAAGUUUGUGCUGUCGCUGCUGGAGCUGUUCGACAGCGAGGACCCCAGAGAGAGAGACUUCCUGAAGACCAUCCUCCACCGAAUCUACGGAAAGUUCCUCGGCCUCCGAGCCUACAUCCGCCGCCAGAUCAACAACAUCUUCUACAGAUUUAUCUAUGAGACAGAACAUCACAACGGCAUCGCUGAGCUGCUGGAGAUACUGGGGAGUAUAAUCAAUGGCUUUGCUUUGCCACUGAAAGAAGAACACAAGAUGUUCCUGAUCCGAGUUCUUCUGCCACUUCACAAAGUGAAGUCCCUCAGCGUGUACCACCCACAGGUCAGAGCUCAGCCCGUCCGUCUGUCUGUGGCGUCUGUAGUAUGGUCUGUGCCUGCAAUAACAGCUUCCUUUGUCUGUCUCCAGCUGGCGUACUGUGUGGUUCAGUUCCUGGAGAAGGACAGCAGCCUGACAGAGCCGGUGAUCAUGGGUCUGCUGAAGUUCUGGCCAAAGACUCACAGUCCGAAGGAGGUGAUGUUCCUGAAUGAGCUGGAGGAGAUCCUGGACGUCAUCGAGCCGUCGGAGUUCGUUAAAGUCCAGGAGCCGCUCUUCAGACAGCUCGCCAAGUGCGUCUCCAGCCCGCACUUCCAGGUGGCAGAGAGAGCUCUGUAUUACUGGAACAACGAAUACAUCAUGAGUCUGAUCAGUGACAACGCCACCAAGAUCCUGCCCAUCAUGUUUCCCGCCCUCUACAAGAACUCCAAGAGCCACUGGAACAAGACGAUCCACGGUCUGAUCUACAACGCUCUGAAGCUCUUCAUGGAGAUGAACCAGAAGCUGUUUGAUGACUGCACGCAACAGUACAAGGCCGAGAAACAGAAAGAGAAAUACAAGCUGAAGGAGAGAGAGGAGAUCUGGCACAAGAUAGAAGAGCUGGCCAGACAGAAUCCACAGAGCAACAAGCUCCACCCUCUCCGCCCUGGACUCCACCCACAGGACGAGUACAUGCUGUAUAGUGACAGUACUGUGGCUGUGUACUCAAUGGAAACUGAGACUCCGACAGCUGAAGACAUCCAGCUGCUGAAAAAGACUGUGGAGAGUGAAGCCUCACAGGGUCUGAAGGAUCUGAAGAAGGACAAGGUCCUGAUGAGGAGGAAGUCGGAGCUUCCUCAGGACGUCUACACCAUCAAAGCUCUGGAGGCCCACAAGAGAGCCGAGGAGUACCUGACAGCCAAUCAGGAGGCUCUCUGACCAGGGGAGGCCAUCCCCUCUGAGCCCGAAGCCGCCCCCCUCCUGUCCGUCUGUCUGGGGAGGAAGUUAAAGCUGUCGUGGAGAAACUGGUCUGGGGUCAGAUUGGGACAGAGCAGACGCUGUGUUCAAAGAAAAAAAGAAAAAACCUCUCACCUCUGCCCCUGGUGGCUGAUAACAAGUAGGACACUCUGUAGAAGCUCCGUCUGUCCACGUGGUAUUUAACGUGCCGGUGUCCGACCCUCACCUCCGCUUCACACACCUGCUGCUGUUUGUUUGAACCUCACCACGCCGUUUACAAGUGUUACACAUGAACACUGCCAGGUGACCGACUCCUACGGGACCUGAAAGCAGAAUCAGGUCCCUGAAUGCAUCACCAGUAGGUCAUUUCCACUGCGGGAACUUAACAGCCUGUAGCUUAAAGUGCAUCCAGUGUCUGGUUCUGCUUUUGUUUCCACUGUUUGCACUCGACAAGUUAAAGGUCAGCUGCAGGUUCCGGACCGGGCUCCAGAGCGGGGCCUGGUUUGGAGCUGCUCAGCGAGCGUCGGAGCUGUGUCACGGUAAAGUUCACGGCCGACCUCUGUCACUUUGAGGCAGAUCUGUUUGAAACCACAGCGGGGCUGCUGGGUAAUGUAGUGUUUCUGAGAUGAAAUCCACCUGCAGCUCAGUGCAGACGUCUGGACGGACCGAGUGAUGGAUGAAGCAGAUGUUAGAGACUCACUGCCGUCUGAAUACAGAUGAUAUUCAGGAUCGAAGGAUCGCUGAGAGCAGGUAGAGCUGCAACGAUCAGCUGAUUGACGGAAAAACUUUACUACGACCAUUUUAAGGUGGAUUCAUGGUUUCAUUCAGCCAGCUUCUUAAAGGCAGAGCUGUUGCUUCCCUUAAACCAGUAAACUGUAGAGAACAAAUCAUUUGGGUGUGGGAGGACGUGACGAGGGGCCUUUGUUUAGACUGAAGGACGGAGGUGGCCUCGGAGAGCUGGUCUGGAGUCCGUCUCCUCCGCUCUCUGGUCCGUUCUGUCACACUACGUCUGCAGCCGGAGAUACAGUGUAAAGGAAAGCAGCUCCUCCUGUUCCAGUGUCGUAGAAGCUGCAGCUGCAUCCUGCUGCCAAACACAGGAAACACAAAGCAGAACCUGGAACAUGAACCUCACACCAUCUUAGAUUGUGUGAAGAAGGUUGAAGCUUAAGUUCCUGAAGUGGAAAACAGCUGCAGUACUUCACCUCUGUCCCGUGACACCUGAAUGCAGCACAGAUGAGUUCACUGACUCAGUUUUCCGACAGCAGCUUUGCUCCAGCCCCACCCCCUGCACCUGACCCAACCAAUCAUCUGUCAGGCUGGAUCUGAGGUGGACUGGAGACUGAGGCAGCAUUAGACGGACUGAUGAUGAUGAGGAUGAUGAGACACAAUGAAUGUAGAUGUCCAAUCACCAUCCAGUAAAUCCAGGAGGAUCCAGUUCCCCCGACAUGAGAAGUUUGAUUCCAACGUGAUUAAAUUUAGAUUUUUCUGGUGCGUGUGUUUUGUUGUGGGCGUUACGACACCUCAUCACCAGGUUUAAGCCAAUGAGAGACGUCGUUUGCAUGAGGACUCGUUUCCUUUCA